AUGGUGAAAGGGCGCAACGGGAAGGACCUGUUAAUGCUUAACGGAUACACUUACUACCAACACAAGAAUCUGCGCGACGGCCACCGCUGGAGCUGCACCCAGAUGGCCUCGAGGUCCUGCAGGGGCUUUCUCCACGUGACGAAGGACAUGCUUGUGGUCAGGGCCCAGACGGAGCACACGCACCCACCCUCCACUUACCACUUGGAGAACAUCAAGGGCAAGGAUGGCGACGUAAAGAAAAACUACACAAGAGAUGAUCUAAAUAUGUUAUCAAAGAAUGAAAAAGUUCAUGGGCGCUCUGGGUUU